GAUAGAAGAGUUCCAGCCCUGAAGAGAGAGACCUCAGUUCUCUAGGGAAGGAGAAGGAGACAGAGCCUUGAGCCUGGUCCCCAGCAGGCACACCUCCAGGGUCUGCACUUAGACUCUGUAAAUGGCAGACCCAGCUCAGGAGAGGAAGGCAGAGACUCCUGGCAAGGAGAGAGAGGUGGUCACACACAGUGGACAGCACAGACCUAUGGAGAGAUCCUCACUGGAUCCCCACAGUGGAGGCAGCCCCUGGAUGGUGCUCCUGAUCAGAGCCACCAGAGGGCAGCACAGAGGCACAAGGAACCAGAGACGUCUAUAAUUACAGAGGGAAAGGAACCAAACCCUAGAUAGAAGAGCUCCAGCCCUGAAGAGAGAGACCUCAGUCCUCUAGGGAAGGAGGAGACAGAACCGACACGGCUUUGGGCUGCACACAGAGACAGCCUUGAACGUGGUCCCCAGCAGGGACACCUCCAGGGUCUGCACUUGGCCUCUCUACCGAGAAGACACAGCUCAGGAGGGGAAGGCAGUGGACAUCACAGACCUAUGGAGAGCCCCUCACAAGCUCCCCACAGUGGGAGCAGCCUCUGGAAGGGCUUCCUGCUCACAGCCUCCAUCCUCAGCUGCUGGAUCCAGCCAACAUCUGCCCAAAGUGAUUCCUUCAGUGUUGUGCCAAACCCUCCAUAUGGGACAGUGGGCAGCAGCGUCAUCCUGGACAUCCAGGGGCUCUCACAGCAGCCUGCCAGCUAUACUUGGUACAGAAAGGCAGUAAUGACCUCCAACCGGAUAGCUUUCUACCGUGUUGCUAACGGACAGCUGACAGCAUCAGAUAGCAGGCUGAAUGUGUCCUCCAAUGGCUCCCUGAGCAUCUCCAACCUCACUCUCAGUGACACUGAUGACUACUUCGUACAAUUUGUUGAUCCCACAAGUACUGAAAUAGUAACAGCACAAGGACAUUUAGCCGUCUAUGGUAAGUGCUGCCUUUCCCAUGGGCCAUGCCGUCACUCCAAUACCCUCCCUCAGUCUGGGGCCAGAGCCCUUCCCUAAGUUCCUUACCCAGGGAGCAGGUAGAAUGCAGAACAUAAUCCACCCCCUAAGAGAGGAAACUAAAGAGGUGAGAACCUCCCCAAACCCAGACCGGCCUAGUUAAGGGUCACAGAGAGCACAGGAGAGUUCAGAGGUC